GUGCAGCACUGUAGCCGUCGUCUGACAGCGGCUGGUAAACAAAACAAACUAAGCGGGACAGCAGAAAGCGCAAUUUCUGCUUCUGCCUGUGGUGCGGCGUUCCAUUCAUCACUUACCGUGCAUUUCGUUCUGCUUUCCACAUUAAUUCUUCAUCAAGACUUAAAUGACUGAAGAAUAUGAUCUACCAAGGAAUGAUAAAUUUGAGGCACUUCGAGAUUUGGCAGUGGUCCGUGCGAAACAGAACGAAGAGAAAGUCAAAGCCUUGACUCGUACUUUGAUAUUGUGUGGUAGUAAGCAAGUGGGGAAAACAUCUAUGUUAAACCACCUACUUGACAGGAACGUCCCAGCAAGACCCACUCUAGCUUUAGAGUAUUCUUUUGGAAGGAAACUUAACAGAGAUGGGGUGAAAGACACUUGCAAUUUUUGGGAACUUGGAGGUGGAACGACAUUCUCUGCAGUAAUUCCACAACUUAUUAAGACACCUUUGAAGGAAAGAAGAGUGGUGUCUGUUGCUUUCAUACUAGACCUUACUAAGCCUGCACAGUUGUGGCUUACUUUUGAUAAAUUAAUGAAAGCCGUAAAAUCUUCUUUAAAGCAGUAUGCAGAAGAGAAGCCAGACCACUACAGCCUACUGUAUUCAAAAUGCUCCAAUCAAUUUUUUACUGACCAUCCUGAUCAUCCUGAUGUAGCCUGUAUUGAAAUUCCAAUCAUCAGGUUACAUAUUGUAGGGGCCAAGUAUGAUGAAUUCCAGAAUUUUGAUCCAGAGAAGAAAAAAGUGAUUUGUCGUACUCUGCGAACUGCUGCGUUGAUCUAUGGUUCUUCUCUUCACUUCACAUCUACGACUGAAAAUGCUCUCAUUAAACGAGGAAAGGAAGUUCUACAUUAUGCUGGUUUUGAGUUCAAUCCACCGAGCUCCAUCAAUGUGGACCACAAUGGACCUUUAUCAAUUCCACCAGGUUUUGACACUUUAAAGGAUAUUGGGUCCGUGUCAAGCAGAUCAUCCUCAGCAAUCAAAACAGAGCUGGAACAAUAUUUUACAUCCCACUUCCCACAGGUUGAGGAGGAAAAUUUAGAGCUAGAGGAUCCUUCAGCUCAUGCAUCUUUCAAAGAACCUCAUCUUGAUUUUAUAUUGAAGAGAAAACGUGGAGAGGUUGUGUGAUAUGGCUAAGAAGAAGACCUCAUUGUGAUGAGAUCAAGCACUGUCCAGAACUUGUGGUUCACAAUAGAUCUUGUUUUACUGAUAACAAAUUGUUGUACAAUGCACAGUUACCAAAAUACAAAUUGUUUUAACUUUUAAUUUCUAGUCACUAGAUAGUAAAGAAAAUAGGUUGUGGUGAGAGAAAUUAGUUUUCCUCAAAAGUGGUGCCUUCAGAAAAAGUUUGUGAUCAUAGAUAAGAUGUAGUCGGGAUUGGCCAUGUGUUGUGUAAUUUGUGAGGGGCAUAAUUGCAGAAAGUUAAAAUUGACUUUACUAUUUAAACUCCAGCUGUUUAUUAAGUUCCAUUUUUUUUACAUUAUUAAGAGUAACACAUCAAACAUUGUGAAUAGUGUUGUGUCUGCUUGAUAAGUUUAUUGAAUAGAAUGUGUGAUCUUAAAGAAGUGAUUGACCUAAUGACUCAGCUGUGCAAUCAUAUGGAAAUAUACAAAUAUAACAAAUUUGUAUUCUAGACCUACAAAGGAUAUUUUGUUAUUUUGUACGCAGUAUACAUUGAUCUUUCAGUCUUACAUCAUAAUUUAAAAGGAAUACAAGCAUAAACUUCUUGGCUAAAAGCAAAUAUUAAGUAACUUUUUUAAAAUCUUUAGUGAAGUAUAACGUAAGAUAUAAAAUUUGUGAAGACUAGAUAAAAAUUUAUGAGGCAUACUAUAUGUGUGUUUUAUCACAACCCCAAAACUAGUAAUCUUCCUCAUCAAAAUCAACUGACAAACCCAUAGGAUUGCUGGCUGAUAUUUGUCUCUUGAUGUCAUCAUAUGAUGGCUGCGCCUGUUGGACAAUUUUAAAUAAAGAACGAGAGUAUAAACCAACGGUCUCAUCGAAUUUUUGUAAAAAGUAGUUGGAAACUAUAUAUGUAACAGUAUUCAGCAUUUUAGUGUGUUUAACAGAGCAAGCAGGCAAUACUUAAUCAGAUGUAAUGGCUACACACAUUUCCUAUGUUACCACUAAAGCACAUAACUUCACAGCCUCUUGCUGUGAGAUCUAUCAGCUUGGAAAGGUUAAGGAAGGGUGACCAUUUAAUCAGUCUUCUUCAUUUAUGUCUAAUAUGGAACAAACAUGCAUUGUAAGAGCUAGUUAUCACAAAUGAAAAAUGUAAGUAUACCAAUUAUUAGGAAAACAAAAAACAAAAAUACGUACAGGUAUCUACUUUUAUGUUGCACAAAAUACAUGUUUUCAGAAUGAGAAGCAUGGAUGCUAUGGCUCAGAAGUAUGCAUCUCAACGUGUACAUAUAUUUUUAGUAAGUACCAGUAUGCCCAGCUAUACCCUGUCAGCUUCUCUUUCUUUUCCUACCAAAAUACAAAAUUGUGGCUGAUCCCUUUUACCAUAAUUUUCUAAGCUAAAAUGACUACAUUAUUUA